GCAUCGCCUGCUGGCACGGUGGUGACAAAGGCUCCUGCGUCGAAGGCCGUCGUGGUCAAGGCGCUGCCUGCAGGGACAGCUCCUGCAAAGGCGGCGACCUCCAAGGCCGCCGUUGUCAAGGCAAUGCCGAAGGCCCCAGCUGAGGGCAAGGCGGGAACGUGUUCACAUCAUGACAUGAAGGUAUCAAAGGUCUUAGUGUCGAAGGUGCUGCCUCGCAGCGUUGUCUGUAUGCUUGAUUGA